GAUGUGUGGACACUUGGAGGUCCAGGGCCCAAGGCUGUGGUAAUCUACUUGAAUCAACCAAGCAGAAUGCAGGCAUCAGCCUUCCAGGAUAAGAACCGGAGGAAGCCAGACCACAGUGAAGGUACUCACGAUCCUAACUAUGAGAAUAUAACCUUGCCCUUCAGAAACAAGGACCAGCUCAAACUCAGUGCAUCAGCACCCAGGAAACAAGCCCAGCCCAAGCCGUCACUGGACACACCCCAGGUCCCCCCUUGGUUGCACAGAACCAUCAUGAUCUUGUAUGUCCUCCUCGCUCUCAUCUUUUUGUCAUGCAUCAUCCUCUCCGCUUUGGUCCUGGUCAAAAAUUCGGAAAUGUCCAGGGAGCUGUGGAGCCUGAGAGAGGAGCUUUCGAAUGUCUCAAACACGGUGCUGAACUGCCGACCAGCAAAGAAUCAUUGGAAAGCGGUGCAGCAGGACAUCCAGGAGGCCAAGACCAAUAUUGGUGUGGUCUUGAGCAAAGUGCAGACUGGAAACGACAAGCUGAAGACGGUGCCAGCAGAUAUAACGGAAAUCAAGAAAACCCUCGAGAGUCUAGAGAAGAAAACACCUGCUCGUAAGCCAGAGCCAGAGGUGGGCUGGGGUGGUGUUCCAGACCUAGUGCUGGUCUGCCUGACCUCACGUCUCUCCUCUCUGACAGAGCCCAGUAAAUAAGAGAACAUCACAGCCACACCUGGAAGGCCUCGGGAUCGCACCUGCUAGUGAAGAUGACUGGAGUGUGAGUCCGCCAUUCAUCCUCACAGAGAAAAGUACCCAUCCGGAGGGAUGGGUGUUGAAGAGUGUGCCCGUGGAAGUGAACAUUUUGGGGCAUAUGGAGUUUCCAUGCAUCCAAGGAGAAGGUUAAGUUAUGGUGGAAAGAGAACAUGGAAGUCACUGCAUGUGUUACUCUUUACGGGUGUGUGGCCAGACAUAUAUGAGGAUAGGCCUGUCCUGGAAGACAGCUGUUCCUGUGAAUCCCCCAAAGGAUGUCAUUGUGAGUGUGGGUGUAGGUGACAUGUGAGAUGUGCCUCCCCAUUAGCUUGAGCGUGCAUGUGUGCAUCUGGCUAGUGUGUGUGUGUGUGUGUGUGUGUGACUGCAGUGGUGGGUGAUGUCCACUCUGGGGAUGUACUGUGGUGCGGGUCAUUCCUGGUGUUCCUGGCUGUGUCACCUUGUGUGUUUAGAGCAUGUGCACAAGUGCACCCAUUAAUUUCUGCACUUGUAUUUUAUGAUUCAUGAAGAUAAAUGCCAAGAGAAAGGAUGACUCUA